CCCAGUCUGGAUCCUCCAAUGUGAUUACAGCUCUGCAUGUGUCACAUAAACAUCAGACUGAGCCUCUCUUACAGUUUGUAGGCUUGACUUCCUGAGAAAAGGAGUUUGCUGACAGAGGUCAUACAAAGAUAAAACAGGCUCCUGUUGAAUGGUGUUCUAUAAUCUAUCAGAGUUCUCAAAUACAUCCAAGUGCUUCUCACCCAGUCAGGCCAUUUAUAGGUCACUACCUUAUCCCCACCAUUUGUCUAAGUUCAGGGAUGAGAAAUCCUUUUUGCUGAGGGAGGCACACAAUAAGCCUUCUCAAUAAGCCUUCUCAAAGGACCUUUUUCUGGAGCUGCAUCUUGUCUGUGCCUUGAAUCACAGGAACAUUCACAGCUUUAAGAUGUGCUAGCACAUUUCAAAGUAUAAAGCAGACUGAUACAAGCUUUUCUUUUUUUUCCCCACUGCCUUAGAAAGUGUACCAAAGAAGUGAGGCGUCACCACAGUGUGCUCCGUUUUUCAUCUUAUAGAAGUCCUUUCAAACCCAGAGUUGCAAUGGGGAUUUUUGAUGGGGCUUUGAAAGGCUUUCAGCUGAGUUCACUGGGAGGCCGAACAUUUCAUGAACCAGGGAACAUUAGCAUCUAUUUCAGGAGCCAAAAUAUGGUUGGAUUUGGUGAAAACCAAGAAUGUGUUGCUGUCGCACCUCAGUACCUGAGCAGGCGGCAGAGACAUCGACACUGUGGUCGCUCUGUCACGGAUCAAACGAUGACCAACAGCGAGGAUGUUGUCCAAUCCUUGAAAUCUAAAGCCCAAACAAAAAAUGUUCAAACAAGUUCCCCAGUUCCAGAAAACUCUGGACAGCAGCUAUUUCAUAUAAGCUCUUUGACAACAAGAUUCGGCGAAACCUACAGGUAUGUUGCAAAUCACAUCAACUCCCAAUUUUCUCUAGUCUCUGCAAGGGUUCAAAAACAGGAGACCUUUAAAACACAGUGGAAACACGGAAAGAGAAAAUCACAGAAUAUCAGUGAUCUGUCUCACGUGAAACUGAAUAAUGUCUCGAGCAGCUGGGAGGAGGGAUACCUUCUAUUUGCAAGACACAUUAAUAAUUACUUUGGUGCCAAAGCUACAUAUGAAGCUCAGAAAAAGGGAGACAAGAACCUCAAGGAAAUCAAGAGCUAUGAGAAACAGCUCUUUACUAGCUCUAACUCACACAACAUUUCAAAUCCAAACAACUUUGGGGAGAACAAUUUACAGACCGAAGAAACAAAAAAACAGUUUUUUAAUAGUCAGGGUCAGUUAAAAAAUAACUCCAGAGGAAGUUUCCAGGAAGUGGAUCAGAGAAACCUGAAAGCUGCUGGCAGAUUAAAGUAUCUGUCCAUUGCUGAAUACCUUCGCUACCCAACAGCUUCCAUUCCAAAUCUAUUGAGCACUUUUCUGAAAACAGACAUUUCAUCUCAGACUAUCAAGCCAAAAACAGCUGUGACCUCACCAAAGUCAACACUUAAGAAAUCGCUUGUACUAGGUCACAGGCAGGCAGAGGAAACAACAUGGCAGCUGAUCACAAGUCUGAGACUCGCUCCCUCCAUGGAAGCUCUUACUGCCUCUUUAGAGGCACUCAAUCAACACCUCAUCCUCUUCCCAUCAUGCAAAGGUUUUAUCUGGCAGGAGAAAGCUACAGUCACUCUGUUGAGACACAGACGAACCUACAAACAAGACGAGAGACUUCAGGCUGCUCUGAGGGAAACCUGUGCUCUCAUUGGUUUGGUGGAUCCAUUACAAAGUUAUGGCAUCAGAGUGCUCUCAAUUGAUGGAGGUGGCACACGAGGAGUGAUUCCUCUGGAAGUGUUAAAGAUGUUGGAAGAUAAAACUGGUAAAAAGAUCCACCAACUGUUUGACUACAUUUGUGGAGUGAGCACAGGAGCCAUCCUGGCCUUCAUGUUGGGUCUGGCUCGCUUUUCUCUGGAGGAAUGUGCCGACAUGUAUCGGGAGAUCAGCACCAAAGUCUUUCAGCAAAACCGACUGGUCGGCACAGUGAAGAUGGGCUGGAGUCACUCUUACUACAACACUGAAACCUGGGAGAACAUUUUGAAAAAGGAGCUUGGCAACAGAGUCCUUAUUAACACAUCCAGAGACCAGCAGAGUCCCAAGGUUUCCGCUGUCAGUGCAGUGGUCAACUGGGGUGCCAGUCCGAAAGCAUUUGUGUUUCGCAAUUAUAACCAUAAACCGGGCUCUCUGAGCCGCUACACAGGAAGCUCGGGUCACCAGAUGUGGCAGGCAGUUCGGGCAUCUUCAGCUGCGCCUGGAUACUUCCAGGAGUUUACCUUAGAAAGUAACAUUCACCAGGAUGGAGGAAUUCUCAUGAAUAAUCCCUGUGCCUUGGCUGUACAUGAGAGCCGCUUGUUGUGGCCAAAACAUCCUUUCCAGUGUGUAUUGUCCCUCGGCACUGGUCGCUAUGACAACACUAAGAGAAUGCCUGCAACCUCCACAAGCCUGAAAGCUAAAAUCACUAAUUUUAUUAGUAGUGCCACUAAUACUGAAGGGGUUCACACUCUCCUAGACGACCUUUUGGCCCCGAAUGUCUACUUCCGCUUCAAUCCCAUGUUGAGUGCAGAGGUGGCGCUUGAUGAGAACCGACCAGGGGCCCUGGAGCAGCUUCAAAGAGACACCCAGUACUACCUGGAGAGAAACCAGCUCAAAGCAGCGAAGCUCUGCCUGGUUCUCGGACGAGAGCGCUCCUCAGCCGAAAGGGCCGUUUGCUGGAUGAAGGAAAAAUCUUGGGAAGUGAGGCAUAGAUUGAUGUAAAACAACAAGUGCUACACAUUCAGACAGGAAUGCAUAUUUUGCAAAACCUCCUUCAGGUAUUGCCACAAUAACAACAAAAUAAAAGAUACUUGAAGAUAUGUUACAGAAACCUACUAUCUUUUUUUUUUAAAGAAAGCAUAAUUUAUGAUAUCCAAGUAACAGGAAAUAAUCUGUUUAUCAUUCUGCUUAUCGGGUGGCCAUGGCACAGAGCUAGAGCAGUCGACCUCUUGUUGGAGCUUCACAGGUUCAAUUCCCCUUCUGUUUGUACAUGUGUUGAAGUGUUCUUGGGCAAGACACUGAACCCCAGAGUGGUUAUAGAUUGGCGCCAGUGUAAGGUAGCGAAUUCACCAUUAUUUUGCAAAUAUCUGUGUGCAUGGCUGGAUGGAGCUGUAACUGUAAAGUGCUUUGGGGCUUCAAGCAAUGUAGAAAAGCACUACAUAAGUAUACGCCUUUUACCAUUUGGAUAGGUUCUUUCAGAAGAAAAGAAGUUGACAGCAGCUGAAACAUCUGCUCCUGACAUCCAGUGCUUAUGGGAUUUUAUCCACAAUCCAAUGCUGUCUUUAGACAAUUCAUGUUCUGUUGCACUUUAUCAAAAUUGUAUAUUUUCAAUUGGUUGUAUUUAUUACUGAAUUUGAAGCUAUCGUUGAAUAAAUUAUGUUUACUAUGAA